CGCCACAAUGUUCUACCACAGAAUAUUGCGAGCGCAGCAUUUUCGUUUCUUUCACGAAGCAUAUGCUUAGCUAAGCAAUAGGGCUAAAACGGAAAGGGUUUGCUUAUUUUAGAGUUCAAUUAGAAUAGCUUGUGUGCCUUAUGCAAAGUACAGUUACUUUUACGCCUAUCUUAUAUGAAAGUGUACCUUUAUAGAUUUCUUCUACGUGUUUUGUGAUAUUUUUAUUUUAUUUUGCUCUAGGAAUGCUCGAGACCGCCCGCCCAACCGAAUGUCGAAGACAGCAGUGGGCAAAUGCUGACGGUCCAACAUGCACAUAAAAGUUUUAUUGCCUUGCAUAUUAGGUGUCUCCGUCCUGAACGCUGCAGGAUUCACUAUUAAGAGGUGCGGCCGUGACCUGAAAACUGGUGACUUUUGUAUGGUUCCUUACUGCAACGGUACAUGCUACGAUGACGUGUGCCUCUGCCCUUGGGAAAAAAAGCCAUUUUCACUUCCCGCGGCGGUGGUAAAUGUGUCCACGCUUAAGAAAGCGCCGUCAGAAAGUUUGACAGUAACCCCGCCAUUGACACCUCAGCGUCCGUCCAGCCCGCCUGCAGAGACACUGCCAAUCCAAUCACCGCAGCCUCUAACACUUGUCACUACGACACAGCCGUUCGACACUGAUGCAAGUAGGCUGCCUGAAAGUACGACUGUAGAAUCUACCACCCAAAGGAUGACUACCAAAAGUACGACUUUAGAAUCUAUCACCCAAAGGAUGACUACCAAACUUCGAAGGAAGAAAAAGCCUCACCACUGCAAGUGUCAUGGGUAGAUGAUUACGCAGAAAGAACCAUCAUUUCUCCGUAAUAAUCCAUUAGAAUGAUAUGGCAGUAAAAUUUAUCGCACAAUGCAAUUGACCAGGGAAGAUGUUGCGUCCUAGUUACACAGUUUUUAGUGCCCUCUAAAAACGUUUGUAGCCUGAAAACGUCCUUGUGUUUUACGGGCCAAAAUCACAACAGAAUUACGAGGCACACCGUAGUAAGGGACCUCAGUAACAGUACCGCGCCCUCAGACUUAGAAGCGCAACGCCAACGUCACUAGGAGACCACGACGAUUAGUUUGCAUCCUUUGGGGCUUUUCUUGUCCCCCCACAAUAAUCAGCAUCUCUCCUGCCGGCAUUGCCUUCUUUUAAAACAGCGCUUGCUACUUUCCUUUCAAGAAUAUGCUAUGUCACGCAGAUAACGCACACGCUCAUCGUGACCUGUAAAUACGGUGGCGCGCAGCAUUAAACAAAGACACGCAAGAUGGACGACGAUUAUUGUUUGCGGACAAGAAAGCCCCGAAGAGUGCAAAUCUUUCUUUGAGUGUGGUCGCCCUGAUCAGGCCACUGCUCAGGCACCGUAGUUUUGGGUAAACAGGGCGAGUUCGAAUGUGUUAAUGCCCGCGAUCGUCUCACCUUCUUCCGUGUAUAGUUGCUGCGCUGACCGGUCAUGAAGUAUAUUGCGUUGUUGACGGGUUAACAAGUUGUUGCAUUAAACACUUGAAAGAUUAUUUAGUAAACGCAAGAAGAUGACUAAUGCAGAGAAACCCUUGCAUUAAACCUGAUAGCACACCAUUAUACAAUAAACAUUGGCCUUCUGUUAGUCCUACUUGGUGUGCUUUUUUCUAGAAGUGCUAUUAUUCCGCUUCAUGCAUAUGCUCAGGAUGCAACAAGCGUCAUGGGAAUACUAAUGCGGUGAAGUUGACCACAUGGAAGUAUCAGUGGUGUGCCCUCUCUUUCAGUAGGGUUUGUUGGGUGGCGGGAUGGCAAAAGUAAGCAAUAAAAUGGAUUGAUUUUUCCAAUAA